AUGGAUAAUUUACAAACCUAUAAAUUAAGAUUAUUAGAUAAAUAUGUAUUAAAUAAAUGUAUGAGUUUAAAUAGAAGCAAUACAAGUACAAUAGCAUUAGAUCAUGUAAAUAUAAAAAUGAAUUAUAGAAAGAAAAAAAAAGAAGUGUAUCAAAUGAUAGAAUUAAUAACAUUAUUUGAACAAAUAACAGGAGAAAAACCAUUGAUAAAAUUAAAUGAAAGUACUGAAAAAAAUAAUGUAGUAAAAUUAGAAGAUUUUAAAUUAGCAGUAAGAUUGCAUAAGCAGAAAGCAAAGUAUUUUUUAAAUGCAUUGUGUUAUGUAGGAUUAGGAGAAAGAAAAUAUUUAACAUUAAAAGAAGAAAAUAAUAUCGAUUUAGCGCAAUUAAAAUUAUCUUAUAGAUAUAAAAAUUUAAAAAUAUUUAGACCAAUACUAAUAAGAAAAGAUAUGAAUUUAGAAGCAAGAUUAGCAAUAGAUAUCCAAUAUAAAACAAUAGGAAUAAAUAAUGGACAAUUAACAAAAUAUAAAUUUUAUUUAUGGAAAAAAAACGAAUUUAGAAUUACAGAAUGA